UAGCCGCCGGUCUCAUGCGACCCUCCAUCCUCCUCGCCGGCCUCCGGUAACCAUCCACUUGUGCCAUCAGCAUCCUGCCAGGUCUCCGGAGGGUGUCCCUCUUUGUCACAGACCUCAGGAGGUCAGCUCGGCACACGUCCAGCUCCCGGGCCGUCUGCCCGAGGUUCCCCGUUCGCCAAACGUCCAGCCCCCGGACCGUUCACCGAGGGCUACUGCUUGGUCCUGGUCUAGCAUUCAUUCUCACUUGUAAUAAUCUGCACAAUAAAAACCGUCCUAUUUAUCCAGCUCUGUUUCCAUGAGUUCCUGCAUUUGGGUCCUGAAAAUAGCCUGCUACGACAAAACCAGGUGUGUAGAAGGAAAGGCCGGGAGCCGAUGGACUAGGUGAGGACGGCUGGCUGGCGAGUGACUGAUGAGAGUGAGCAGGCAGAGCGAGGACAGCGGGCUGAGGUGGAGCAGAGAAGAAUCCGUGGUGAGAUCUUCCUGGAGAGCCGGUGAGUACCUGCAACUCACCCUGCUAAAGCAGACAGUCCAGUCAGGACGGCAAGAAGAAUAGAGGAAAUGCCCUUCCACCAUUCUAGACCAUCAGAACUUCAGAGAUGAAAUCACAGUGUGAUGGAAUACUAUUACAAGGAGAAAAAAUAGUAUCAUCCACUUUUCAAAACUGCAUGUUGAAGCACAUUCACACCGAACACAUGGGCAUUGAAAGGCGCAAGCAAAGGGCAAGGAUGUCCUUAUCUGGCCCAGCAUGGGUAAAGAUAUCACCACCCCUUUGGAAAAAUACUCCAUAUGCCAAGAACAACAUGCCUCAAAUCUAACCUCUUGUCAGAUACCAAACAGGCCAUGGCAGACCAUCACAACUAUUCACAUAGAACAGUGAGGACUUCUCAUUUGUGUUGGAGUAUUUUAGCCGAUAGUUGGAGUUGGAAAGAUUACGUAAUGGCGCACAUGCUAAAGUAAAAGAGGUCAAACAAUACUGGAACUUCAGGUCUCCAGAGUUUGAUGAAAUUCUUUAUAACUUAGUAUCGAUUGUUGGUGGAAAGUUUUUAAUGAGCUCCUUGGAGGGUGACGCAAUCUAAUAAAAACUCAAACAGUUCACUCCCUGAAUUUUGGAGGUGAACACACACCAAAUACAUUUCAAGGUCAGGUAUCUUUUUAAUGAAUAAGACACCAGUACAGGUUAGAUGUCUGUGUAAUCGUUAAAGUGAUACUCCUUUUUUGAAUUAUUAUUCAUGGAAACUGGUUAUGUAAUCUGCCUGUUUUAUUUUUGACCAUUUAUUUUAGAAAACAUUAAUGGAUGAAUUAAAUGUUACAUAUAUAACUCUUGGUGGGCAUGUGGAAGUGAACACACACAGAUACGUUUAUUUUGUGAUUAUGUUCACAGUAUAUAUUCUAAUAAUCUGCUGUAAUUCUACCAUUGUGUACCUUGUCUGGAAACACAAAAACCUUCAUGAGCCUAUGUACAUUUUCAUUGCAGCUUUGUUACUGAACUCUGUUCUUUACAGCACUGCUAUCUACCCAAAGCUUCUGAUUGACUUUUUAUCCGAAAAACAGAUCAUAUCUUAUUCAGCCUGUCUCUUUCAAUUUUUUAUAUUUUACUCUAUAGGUGGUUCAGAAUUCUUACUGUUGGCAGCCAUGGCCUAUGACAGGUAUGUGUCUAUAUGUAAACCUCUGCAAUAUGCAACUAUCAUGAGAAAAACCACAGUGAGUAUCUUCCUGGUUUUAGCGUGGCUUCUGCCUGCUAGUCAUAUUGCAGUCCCAGCAAUACUGAGUGCUGAAACUAAACUGUGUAACUUUACUUUAAAAGGAAUAUUUUGUAACAAUGCAGUUUACAGUCUUCAAUGUGUAAGAUCAAGUGUAAUUACUAUCUAUGGUUGGGUUGGUUUAUUAGAUCUCACAGUUCUCCCUGUGCUCUUCAUAAUUUUUACGUACACAAAGAUACUUAUUAUAUCCUAUCGUAGUUGUAGAGAAGUCAGGAAAAAAGCUGCAGAGACCUGUUUACCCCACCUGUUGGUUUUAAUCAGUUUCUCCUGUUUGUGUGCAUAUGAUAUCUGCAUAGCUCGAGUGGAAUAUAAUUUUCCAGAAACUGCACGCUUAGUAAUGAUGUUACAAGUGGUUUUGUAUAAUCCAUUGUUCAAUCCGCUCAUAUACGGGUUCAAAAUGAAAGAAAUUUCUAAACACCUUAAAAGGUUGUUCUGUACAUCCAAAAUCAUUUGAUGUAUUGACACUGAUUACUAAUGUACAUUCUUUCAGAAAUAAUCAUACAUAGAUGUGAAUGCUUGAAAUGUAUUUAAUGUGCACAUGCUUUGCUGUGUCCACAGCAAACAGGGCUCUGGGUGUAUUGAAAAAUUUUAAUAUUUAAAUUCAUUAAUAUAAAUUGUAUUAAUGUCUUAACAACGCUGAAAGUGUGUACA